CCUACCUACUACAUAUGUACCUCGGCCUGCUGCCGCUUGCCGAAAACACUGCACUGGCCCCCUGGCCUGUCUCUCUCCAACCCCAUGAUUGACGACAAGACGAUGAGAUGAGUUCGGCUCCGAAGACGUCCACUACCGCCAGGUCUACACUGGCUGCUGCAGCAAUGGCCGGCAGCACCAAGAGGAAGCGCUCUGCUAUCGCAUGCACUGCCUGCCAUCAGCGCAAGGUUCGUUGCAAUCUCGCCGCCCAGGGUCCGCCCUGCACGAACUGCUCGGAGGAUGGCAAUGUACCCUGCCGCGUAUACGGCAGUCGGGCCCCGCCUGAUGUCCCGCCGCCGCCGCCGCCGCCGCCACCUCCCAUAUCUCCGGCCAUGCCGUCGCCGUCCAGCUCUUCACAGCAUCUACCUGGUAGAGGAGACGAACACUCCAGUCCCGAUCUGGAUCCAGGUCUGGGCCCAUCUUCGGAGCGGCAGUAUCGCCCGACCAGUAUUGAAAACCUACUGUGUACCGCACAUGACCCAAGUUAUGCACCUGGCACCCCAAAUGCUCCUGUCCUCUACUAUAUUGGUUUGUUUUCCAUCUCUUCUGGCAAUGAGGCAAGACCCCUCAAGACUGACGUACUCGGGCCUGUAGGCGAGUCUGCUGGCAUGGCUUUGCUCUUCGACAUUUGCUAUCCUUCUCGUCCCUUGCCUGGCAACUUUUACAUCAUUCAGCGACAGCGUCGUUACUUUCCCCCGGCGCAUAUCACCUCCCCCCUGAUGGCGCGCCCGCUGCCCGAGCCGGCGGCUCUUCAUGACAUGAUUUGCUGCUACUUCCGUUACCUUCACCCAUAUUUACCUGUCAUCGAUGCGGGCCGUUUCAUACCAGCAUUCGCCAACCAGCCAAGCAGCAUCAGCCCCCUCCUGUUGUGGAGCGUCUUAUUUGCUGCCGCUACGUUCGUCAAGCCAGAGCAUUGGCAAGCGGAGUUUAGGACCAGAAAGGAAUUCCAAGAGGAUAUCUACCGGCAUGCCAAGUGUAAUAUUUGGGCACGUAUCUGGUGGAGUCUUUACUCUCGCGAGGUCUGGCUCGGUCUCGGUUUUGGCAGGCCACUCCGAAUCAACUCGGAAGAUUGCGACUUACCCAUGCCAGAACCCGCCGCAGUACUGAACGACAUUAACAGUCUUCCAGAUACACUGCGACAGUCCUUCAUUCCACGCGAGUUUGAAACACUUUACUCUCCAGGCAAUGCAGAGCAAAGCCUGCGUGGAGUUGACGGGAGAAACACCACUCCUGUUAUUACAUCGCAGUGUCCUCAAGAUCUACCAUGGGACCGUGUUAAUUGCUCUUCACCGGCCAUACCUCAUCCUGUCAAAGCAAAGCUCAACAACUCCUCUCGGGGAAAGCAACAUCCAAUCGCUCGCGAUGGACAGGUACACCGCAGCCGCUUCGGCCAUCACGAAGGCCGUCAAUGACCUCGUACGCGCUGAACUACUCAAUGUUUCACCCCCCACGCUCCCGACCUGCAUCAAUUCCGCCAUCGGAGUACACCUCCACGAAGCGUGCCGUUCAGAGGGCAUCAGCCGCCAGCUCGCGUUGCACAAUGUAAACCUCCACAUGCUUGUGCUUUCCCAUCUCGGCAAGAUUUACUGUUCCGCCGAGAUACAGUAUCGGUUUUUUCUCCAAAUCAUGAAAACGGCUGAGCCUCUUCCAUCGGCUCAGAACACAAGAACAUCUCGUAGAGGAAGUUGUAGUCGUGCAGGAACUGCAACCGUACGUCCCCUGCAAGCUAGUGAGCGCCAGGAUGCUACCCGCGAAACAACCGCCUAUGACGCGGUCACUCCAGUGUCUACGCAGCCGGUGCUCAGGGAGUGCCAAGAUGCAGUUCAUGGCCGAACACCUUGUAACAGCGAAGGAGAUGCGCUCUUGGAGGACGCAAACAUUGAAC